ACCAAUCAAUUUUAUGAAAUUGUUUAUUGAACUGAGUGAAAUGUAAAAAAUUAUUUCGCAGGCAUACAAAUUUUCGUCGCAUUAGAUUCCUUCAGUUCAAUUCUUCUAGAUUUCGUUAACUUUUUAAUUCAAAAUGGACAAAACUGAAGGAAAGCAAGAAACUGUCAUGUAUUCGCAACUGCAACCAUGGUCCACCGUGGGUGUACCACCAUGCAUGGAACAAAUUGCUGGUCCGCCGAUACCGAUUAGAGUUGGAGAAUUCUACAAAACGCCAAAGCCACAUUCUUGGCGCCCUACUUUAGGAUAUGAAAUGAUCGAAGCAUCUCCUCUGCCUGUACAGCCUGUGAUAAAUUUGCUCGCCAAUACAUGUUACAUGCCAAAAGGAAUGGCUACGGAACCGUUGCGAUUUCCAAAUCUAGUGACUGGUUUUGAUAGAAAUCCAGCGCAUGCAGCACGAGCUGCACUUUUCACAAGAUACGGACCGUACGAAUGGGUGCAGAAUCAACUAAAACUUUACAACGAAUCGAAUAGCAAUAGGAAUUUUUCUGAAAACUUACGACAGGAUACUGUUCGAGCGAUGCGAGAGGCCAGUGAAAAAGUACAGAACGGCCAAACUGAAACUGGCCGUAAAUUAGGAGAACGAAUUACGGAUACUACAUUUUGGAGAAACGAGGUGACUUCAGAAUUAGAGAGAUUGAUAAUAGAAAAUGCAAAAAUGCAAGACUGCCGUCGAAAUCUGCAGACUACGAUACAAAGUUUAGAAGGUCAAUUGCACAUAGCGCAGGAAUGCUUGUAUUAUCGCGAAGCUAGGACAGGUGCUGAUUUAGUACAUGACCAAGCCGAGCAUGCUCUUUUGAAAGAGGUGGAAGUAGUCAGAAAUUGUGAAAAUAAAUUAGAACAAUUUACGGAUAAAUGUGUUGAUCAGCUUACAAAUAGUAGAGCAGUCCAAAAUCAGCUAGAAAUUGAUAUAAAGAAUAAAGAAACUGCACUUGGAAUUGAUAUUACAUGUCACCAAAUGAACAAUUUCAGUCGAGGAUUACAAUAUUACGGUGGUAUUGAAAAAUAUGACCCCAGUGUCACAGAAUCCGAAUCAUGGGCAGAAGCUUCCAAUAACGUAGUAAAAACAUCACAAAAGGAGCGAGAAAAAUCUAGUCAUUUACGAAACGAUAUAGAAAUCGCAAUAAAUGCAGUUGGACAUGAAAUGUGGGAAGCAUGGGCAGAUACAAAUGAUGCAUUAGCCAGAAGAGCUGCAGAAAUGCUCGAAGCAAAAGAAAAAUUACAAAUACAUUUACAUAAAAUCCAACAAGAAAUCUUUGCAGUUGAAAAAGAUUUGCAAUUAAUACAAAAAGCCAUUACAGAUAAAAGUUCUGCUCUUAAAGUUGCACAUACUCGUUUAGAAAGUAGAUCACAUCGACCAGCUGCGGAAUUGUGUAAAGAUUAUGCUCAACUCAGAAUGAUCGAGGAAGUAGAAACAAUAAAAUCAAUGAUACAUGAAAUGAAUUUAAAAUUACAAAGAUUUGAAGCACAACAGCAACAACUUCUACGCACUAGAUCUAAUUUGGAAACUGAUUUAAAAUCCAAAAUUGAUUCAUUAUUUAUUGAUAGAGAAAAGUGUAUGGGCAUACGAAGAAGUUAUCCGAUAGCGUCAGUUAUAAAAUUUUGAAUCAUACAUGUAUCUAAAUAUAAAUAUAUCAAAAGAAUAUUUAUUUCUUCUGUUUAUUUUUUUUUUUUUAUAUAAUAUCAUACAUACAAAAUUCUACUGUUUCGUAAAAAUAUAGUAAAAAUAGUGCUUUACUUUUUUAAGUAUAUCUUUUUUGUUUAUUUAUUAACAAAAAAAAAUCAUUGGUACUAAAUCCAAUAAUACGAAAAAUUACUUUUAUUAACGAAAUAAAUCUAAUAUUUUUGAUGUAUAAUAAUAUCACAUUAAUCAUCUGAUAUAGAAUUCAGAUCUACCACCUAAUUAUAGAUCAGAUCUAGGAUUUAACUAUAUAUUUGUGCUAUGAACUUCAAAACUAUUCACGCAGAGUAAUAAAUUUUUAACUUAUUUUUAUUUUAAUGUACAAAAAAAUCAACAUGUUCGCUGUCAGUAUGUGACAUAUCAUGAAGUCUAACAUAUAUAUAUAUGUUAGACUUCAUGAUAUGUAUAUAUAUAUUGCAUCUAAUGUGUUAUA